GACAGUGUAGGAGUGUGUGUGGUCAGUGUAGGCCACCUGGGAAUUCUGUGUUUUUUUGUGUAUUCUAGGUCAGUCUGCAGGUUAAAACCCGGAACAUGCACAAUGUGGGGAAACUAAAAGAAACAGAACUCGAGAUUCUUGUUGAAGGCAGAGAAGGAGAGUGACCCUGGUGAUGUACACCCCUUGUGUGUGGAACACCUCAUACACAGACCAUGAUGAUCAUCAAGGGUGUCACUUCUACACCUUGAUUCCACCCUACCCACACCCCACCUUGCCUAUUCAUACCUACUGCCUCCCUCGACCUCAUAAGAUACCAAGUGGCGCUGCUAACUGCUUUCCUAUGGCAACUUAUCCCUGUUCAGUGACUGGUGUGUGUUUCGGGGUUCCAUUGUUCAAGAGCCUUGCAUUCCACUAUCCAGCUCAGAGUAACGUCUCCAUGGGUAACAGGAGUUCCUGCUUGCUUCAGAUGCCAUUACAAGAUGAUAUAAGCGGCCAAGAGUGUAAGAUGAGUGCCCAACUUGGGCAACCCCAGCCCCUGAGACCACUCAGGUCGCUCCAGCAUACCAAUCCACCACAAGUUUUAACGAAAAAGGCACUUCUUGUAAGAAGUAAAAACCCGCCUCAAUCAAGUCAGAUUGUAACCCGGCAACAGGGUGGACGUUCUGUGGUGUGUGGACGCCCCAGGAGGGUGACCAAGAGAGUGGAAGGAGUGAGGACACCCCAGCCGUACCAGAAGCGACGACGGUCAGAGACCAUCCAGGAUGAAGUCCUCCUGUUACCUGGUGAUCACCUGAGCAGCAGCAGCAGUUGUCCCACUGGUUAUCAUCCAUACUUCAAUGUUGACUAUGAGGAGGAAGUGAUGAGGUACCUAUUGGAGGUGGAGGCCCGCUACGUCAUGAGGCACAGCUAUGUGGGUAGCCAUCCUUCUGUGAACCAGCGUACUCGUGCUAUCCUUGUCGAUUGGCUUAUUCAGGUUCAGAGCUACCUGGAGGUGUCGCAGGAGACGCUGUACCAGAGUGUGGCGCUGGUGGACCGGGUGCUGGAGGUCCGCUGUGUCCCUGUACCUAGGGUCCAACUCCUCGCUAUCACUGCUCUCCUCAUUGUCUCCAAGUUAGAGGAAAAAGAGCCCAUUGAGACGUCUCGGCUCCUACAAUUAACUCUAGACUUGUAUACACAUGCUGAACUGCUGUCCUUAGAGAGACAAGUGUUGGUGGUGGUAAACUUUCAGGUGACCUAUGCUGAUCCCUCAAUCUUCCUCAACUACUUCCUCUAUCUCACCUGCAACUCCCAGGACCAGAUGGUGGCUUGGUGCUGUGGGUUUCUUGUGGAAAGUGUGUUAGUGGAGCCUUGGCCCCUUGAGACCAGGCCUUCCCUCUUGGCUGCUGGAGCACUGUAUGGUGCCCUCAGAGUUCUCAGAGGAGCCAGGGCUGUGGUACCACUAUUCUUAUUCAUGCCAGAGUACUUUAGCCUAAACGAGGUGGUAGUAAUAUCAACGAGCCUACGCAUGCUGGAGGCACUGGCCAACCGAAGUCAUUCUCCCUUCCAGGGAGCUGUAAAUAAGUAUUCAAGUAAGUGUCGAUAUCAAGCCCUUACUGAAAACCCAAGUCUCAGUCCUGAAAACCUCUUUAUCAUCGCUGACCAAGUGAGGACCAGGCUUGUUGAACUACGAGGAGAGGAAACCAUUAUAGUCAAAAAGAAAAAGCUGAUAAAUAUUACAAAUGCAUCCAAAUAUACAACACUUGAGGUCAUAGAAAGCUUUGAUAAUAAAAUUCAGUUUGGAGAUGAGGAAAUGCAAUCUCUUCAGUCAGAUAACAUGGAGAGUCCAGUAGCAAUGGAUAGUACAAUAGUGUAUUUUCAUGAGCAUACUGGUUGCAGUACUGGGCAGCUACCAGACAAUGCUGACGAUACAGAAGAUGAGAUGAUGGAAGUUGGAGAGGAGUCUGACACUCAGCAAAUUAACGAUACAACAUGCAGAGUAAAGAUUUUAUCAAGACUGUUUCUCUCGAUGUCCAGACCUGAUAAAGCUAUACCCUGGAUGGAAUGUUGCUGCAGUGAAAGCUUGUAAUGUAUAUUGCAUUUUCAGAUCCAUACCUCAUCAUGGCACUUCCUUUGAAGGAGGCUUCUUACGUACUUGAACUUUGAUUACCCAGCUGCUCACACAGUAACUUAUGUGGGUCAUGCAGGUUACAGUUGAAGGCCAACAAAAACGUGGAACACCGUAAAGUGGGAGCUGUGUAUAUGAGGCCCUCCUGUACAUUCACUAUACAAGUUUGUCCACACAGUGUAUUUAAAAUUCUUGUAUGAUCUUGAGUGAUGGCAGCUGUACUAAGCUUAAGCUAUGAGCCUGGGACAUCUAAACUCCAUAAAGUAAAGGGCAUCUGUAUUUCAUGUUAUAUAUUCACUUAAUCAAAAGAAUUAGAGCUACCCAACCCUUCUGAUAAAACCUGAUUACCUCCCUAAUAAUAUAGUAAUGUAACACAAGGUGGAAAAAAUAUUACAUAUAUUACAAAGGUUGAGGUGGUUUGUGAGGACUUCUGUAAACAUUGACAUGGUUUUGUUCUAUAUUUUGUAUUCUGCUAUGUUUUUGCAAUUAAUAUUGGAACAUUUUAUUAUAAUUAUUAUAGGUAGUACAUCAUUAAAUUAGACAAAAAUUAAGCUUAAAUGAUAUUUCAUUAAAGUUACCAUAACAUUCACUAAUAACCCACAAUUUCUUUAGGUAUUGGUCCAUUCUGGACUAUUAUUAAGUCUCAACUGAUAAUUAUAACUAAGUGCUAAUCAUAACUGAUAAAGGUCCAGCAUGAACUGUAAGAAUGUCUGACUUCACCAUGUUUGUCAAAAUAAAUGUGCAGCUUGGGGUGAAACUGAAUAUGUGCUCAUUAAAACAUGGUAAGAUUUGAAUUUGUCAGAGGAUUGUAUGGGUAUUAUACAGUAACUGGUAAUUCUGUAAUUAUCAUCAUCAACACUAAGUGCUAAACCCACCAGGGUCAUACAAUGCUGCAUAAUUCUGUAGAACCCAGUGCUGGUGAGGGACUUUUGAUCCAAGGAAUUGGACCUGGCCUCCCCUUCCUUUGAUCAAGACUGAUAACCUAUUUCUCCAUGUACUGUAUGACCCCUAUAGGUUCAGCACCCCUAUUAAUGUAAUAAUUUAAAAAACCCACAGUAUAUGUAUAAUAGGUUCUAUUAUACUUGUUUAAUAAACUGGAGUUACCGUUACUUGGAUAAAACCUAAGUGCUUCCCAUUCUCCAGGUUCUGUGACCCUCAUGUUGUUGGAGUGUGAGCAAAGUAACAUGAAGGGAUUCAGGGAAACCAGUUAGCUGGACUUGAGUCCUGGAGGUGGGAAGUACAGUGCCUGCACUCUGAAGGACGGGUGUUGGUAUGUUGCAGUUUUUGAACUGUAGUGUAGGCAUGCCUCUGGCAAGACAGUGAUGGUGUGAAUGUUUCUUCUUUUUUGGGUCACCCUGCCUUGGUGGGAAACAGCCAGUAUGUUAAUAAAAAUUAAUAUAAUACCCUACAGUUGUAAAGAUGGCAAAUAUCCCUAUAUUUACUAAAGGCUGUGAAUUUGUAAACAAAUAUAAGUCUUUACAAGUAUUGUUAUAAAAACCAGCUGUAUGACUCCCAUGGGUUUAAUAAGUCGGCCGUCUCCCACCGAGGCAGGGUGACCCAAAAAGAAAAUACUUUCAUCAUCAUUCAACACUUAAACCUCACUCACACAUAAUCACUGUUUUUGCAGAGGUGCUCAGAACACAACAGUUUAGAAGCAUAUACGUAUAAAGAUACACAACAUACAACCCUUUUCAACCCCCCCCCCCCACUACUCAUACUUGCACCAGCCCACCUUUCUGCCAAUAGUUGCUUAUGUCUCACCCGAACUUCCUCCUCCCUUAGUUUAUACACUUUCACCUCCCUCUUGCCAUUUUCGUAUCUACAACUUACUCUAACUGUAGCUACAACUAAAUAAUGAUCCGAUAUAUCAGUUGCCCCUCUAUAAACGUGUACAUUCUGGAGCCUACCCAUCAAUCUUUUAUCCACCAAUACAUAAUCUAACAAACUACUUUCAUUACGUGCUAUAUCAUACCUUGUAUAUUUAUUUAUCCUCCUCUUCUUAAAGUAUGUAUUACUUAUUACCAAACCUCUUUCUACACAUAGUUCAAUUAAAGGCUCCCCAUUUUGAUUUACCCCUGGCACCCCAAGUUUACCUACUACCUCCACAACAUUUUUGCCCACUUUAGCAUUGAAAUCCCCAACCACCAUUACUCUCACACUUGGUUCAAAACUCCCUAUGCAUUCACUCAACAUUUCCCAUAUCUCUCUCUCCUCUACACUUCUCUCUUCUCCAGGUGCAUAUAUGCUUACUAUAACCCACUUUUCACAUGCAACCUUUAUUUUACUCCACAUAUUCCUGAAUUAAUACAUUUAUAGUCCCUCUUUUCCUGCCAUAACUUAUCCUUCAAAUUAUUGCUACUCCUUCUUUAGCUCUAACUCUAUUUGAAAGUCAAAACCAAAACAGAACAUUCAAAUUAAAGUAUUACUGCAUUUAUCAUUAGUCCAGCAAUUUUUUUUAGACAGGAAUAUAUUACAACAAUGUUUACUAGAAAGUUAAUUUUUUUUUUUUGUAAUAUUCACAGGAAAACUGUAGAUUCAUAAAAGUUGUGCAGUGCUGAAAAAUGAGGUAAUUGGUUGAUCCAGGGAAGGGGAUGAUAGCUCAAAAUUCCUUGUAUCAAGAGCUCAACAGGCGAUGCCCCUCUCAUCCCUCCCAUUAGUGGGUAAUUUCUUUAUCUUGCAAACAAAAUACAGGUUUCUCAUGCUUUAUGUGAAUUUGCUGUUGUGUUGAUACCCUGUUUAUCAGUAAUGUGUAGGUAAUUGGCAGUACCAAAAGCAUAUUGAAUAUUUUGUUUAUCAUUGCCUGAGCUUAGUACUAAUGCCAAGGACCUGCAACACCAGCAUAAAAUGAGGGACACCUGUACAAUACAAAUCUUACAUUAACAAAGGAAAGGAUACAACUGCUGCAACCUUUAAUAACAAUAAUAUCUUUAUUUACUACAUGGUAUACAGGCCUAGCUGACAACAAUGACAUACUACUAUAUAGAAAGCCCCUUGUUAUGCUCUGCAUGUCUGGCAAAUUAGGUCAGUGUCCCAAGAUGCGACCCACACCAGUCGACUAACACCCAGGUACCCAUUUUACUGAUGGGGAACAUAGACAACAGGUGGAAAGAAACACGCCCAAUGUUUCUACUCUGGCUGGGAAUCGAACCCAGGCACUUGCCGUGUGAAGCGAGAGCGUUAGCCACCAGCAUUAUUGGUAUUUAGAACUAAAAGGCACAAUACUGUGACAAUACACAAAUAACCUGCACAUAGGAGGGGGAAGUUUGACGACAUUUCGGUUUGACUUGGACCAUUUACAAAGUCACACUGAAAUGUUGUCAUAAACUGUGGGUUGUGUAUUAUUGGGAUUUAGUGUAACCCUUUAAGGGGAGGGAGGGUACCUUCAUGCUAGUGAAGAGCUCUUGGUCCAAGGACUUUGACCUACCCUUCUUCCUUAGAUCAAACCUCAUACUCUCUCAUUCCCCAUGCACUGUAUGACCCCAACAGACUAAGCACUUCAACUUUUACCACAGCUGUAUAGUGCUAAAUGACCUAUAUGGUUUUCAUGACAGCAAUAAUGAAUGUAAAUUAAAAAUGUUAUCAAUAAACCUAAGGAUGAUAAAAAGAAAAUCACACAAUUA